AUGACUGGAACCGGAGCUCCAUCUGGAGGAUCUAGCACCGGGUACGGAGGAGCACCGCCGCACCGAUCGUACGAGGAGCGCGCAGCCGCCCGCGAGCAAAUGAUGAGCAAUAUUAGGGAGACGUCUCAGCAGGAUCGCCGCGUCUACGUCGGCAACCUUUCCUACGAUGUGAAGUGGCAUCAUCUCAAGGACUUCAUGCGACAGGCCGGAGAAGUUCUCUUCGCCGACGUGUUAUUACUUCCAAAUGGAAUGUCGAAGGUGGGCUUCUACACGUAG